AUGACUGCUCAGAGGAAGAGGCUUUCUGAAGGACUCACGGUUACUCAAAAAGUUUUUGUGAGGUCGCAUAAUGGUGGAGCAACGAAGAUUGUGCGUGAGCAAUACUUAAGGAACGAUAUUCCAUGUCUAUCUCAGGCCUGUACGAAAUGUCAAGAUAUCAUUGUACCUGAUGCGAAUAAUGAGAUGCCUAGAUUUGUUCUUUCGUCGAAUCCUUUGGAAAUCUCAAAAAUUGGUAAGCACUAUGUUGUAGUGGACGCCAAUAUUGUAUUGCAAGCCAUUGACAUUUUGGAGAACCAGAAGUGCUUUUUUGAUGUUAUUAUUCCUCAGAUUGUUUUGGAGGAGGUUAAAAACAAGUCUUACCCGGUUUAUAUGAGAUUGAGGGCCUUGUGCAGAGAUAGUGAUGAGUUGAAGCGGUUCAUUGUUUUCCAUAAUGAAUUUAACGAAAGUACUUUUGUGGAGCGAAGGCGAGAUGAGUCAAUUAAUGAUCGGAAUGAUAGAGCUAUUAGGAAAACAGUUGAAUGGUUUGGAAAACACGUGAAAGAAUAUGGUAUCGGGGUUGUUUUGGUUACCAAUGAUCGUUUAAAUAGAGAGUCGGCAAUUAAGGAAGGACUUGUUGCAACGUCGCUUUCCGAAUAUGUUGACCUGUUACCCAAUGCAGAUGAACUUAAGGAUUCGAUCCCUAACUUGGAGUCUAAUGCACACACGGAUACUGAUGUUGAAGUUAAAUCAGAGUUUAUUUACCCUGAAUACUACUCUACGUCAAGGAUAAUGAGUGGGUUAAAAAACGGUACACUAUACCAGGGAAACAUUGCAAUUUCAGAGUACAAUUUCCUGGAAGGAAGUAUAUCUUUGCUAAAUUUCUCCAAGCCUGUUCUCAUUAGAGGCCAGAAGAAUUUGAACAGGGCGUUUAACGGUGAUAAUGUUGUAGUUGAGUUAUUACCUCAAAAGGAAUGGAAGGCUCCUUCCAAUGAGAUGCUUGACUCUGAGCAUUUCAACGUGAACGAUAACCCUGACAAUGACGAGGACGAUGAGGGAGUUGAUUCUGUUUUAGUUUCAGACAAGCAGCGUAGGAUGUUAGUGAAGGAAGCACUGAAGGCGCAGAGAACAAGCAAAGUCCAACCAACUGCGAGAGUUGUUGCUGUUACAAGGAGGUCUUGGAGGCAAUACGUCGGACAGAUUGCUCCAUCCUCUGUAGACUUGCACAAUGGUGGUAUGCAGAAUGUUUUCGUGGUCCUGAUGGAUAAAUGCCUACCAAAAAUUAGAAUACGUACUCGUCGUGCUAAAGAAUUGUUGAACAAAAGGAUUGUUGUAGUUGUUGAUUCUUGGCCAGAAUCAUUUAGGUACCCUGUUGGUCAUUUUGUAAGGGAACUAGGUGAAAUUGAAUCAGUUGAAGCAGAAACAGAAUCUUUAUUAUUAGAGCAUGAGGUGGAGUACAGACCUUUUUCUAAAAAAGUUUUGGAGUGUUUACCGGUAGAAGGACAUGAGUGGAAGGCUCCUGUUGAUUUGAACGAUCCCGAUGCAAUUGCCAAGGAUCCUUUGCUAUCUAAAAGACGCGAUUUCAGAGAUAAAUUAAUCUGUUCCAUUGACCCCCCAGGAUGUGUUGAUAUUGAUGAUGCAUUGCAUGCUAAGAAACUACCGAACGGUAAUUGGGAAGUUGGUGUUCAUAUUGCUGACGUGACCCAUUUCGUUAAGGCGGGAAGCGCUUUAGAUGCAGAAGGUGCAGCUAGAGGUACAUCGGUUUAUCUAGUUGACAAACGUAUUGAUAUGUUGCCAACUUUGCUGGGUACUGAUUUAUGUUCAUUGAAACCCUACGUGGAUAGAUUUGCCUUUUCAGUUAUUUGGGAAUUGGACGAUAAUGCGGACAUUGUCAAGGUUGAUUUUACAAAAUCUGUGAUAAGAUCAAGAGAAGCCUUCUCAUAUGAACGUGCUCAACUUCGUAUUGAUGAUCCUAAUCAAAAUGACGAACUAACACAAGGAAUGAGAGCUUUGUUGCAAUUUUCAAAAAAGCUAAAGCAAAAACGUUUGGAUGCAGGUGCAUUGAACUUAGCUUCUCCAGAAGUGAAAGUGCAUAUGGAUAGUGAAACUCAAGAUCCUAAUGAAGUUGAAAUUAAGCAGCUUUUGGAAACAAACUCCUUGGUUGAGGAAUUUAUGCUUUUAGCAAAUAUAUCUGUUGCAAGGAAGAUCUAUGACGCGUUCCCACAAACGGCAAUGCUAAGAAGGCAUGUUGCUCCCCCAGCAACCAAUUUUGAAGCACUAAAUGAAAUGCUUCAAGUGCGCAAAAACUUGACUAUAUCUUUGGAAUCAUCUAAGGCUUUAGCAGAUUCUUUGGAUCGUUGUAUCGACUCAGAAGAUCCCUAUUUCAACACGCUGCUUCGUAUUUUGUCGACUAGAUGUAUGAUGGCAGCACAGUAUUUCCAUUCAGGUGCAUAUUCUUACUCCGACUUUAUUCAUUAUGGUUUGGCAGUUGAUAUUUACACUCACUUUACGUCACCAAUUAGACGUUACUGUGAUAUAGUUGCACAUAGGCAAUUGGCUGCAGCUAUUGGAUAUGAACCAUUGGACUUAUGUCAUAGAGACAAACAAAAAAUGGAAUUUCUGUGUAGGAAUAUCAACAGGAGGCAUAGAAAUGCACAGUUUGCAGGCCGUGCAAGUAUUGAAUAUUACGUCGGACAAGUCAUGAGAAACAAUGAAUCGACACAAACUGGAUAUGUUAUUAAAGUAUUUAAUAAUGGUAUUGCGGUUUUGGUACCAAAAUUUGGGGUUGAAGGUGUUAUAUUGGCCGAAAAUAUCACAGAUGAUUUUGAUAGUCUACAAUUCACAGAAGAGGCUUACGAGUUGAGUUUCAAAGAUAAGAGCGGAAAACAACGUACAGUCCAUGUUUUCGACAGGAUUGAAGUCCAAGUAAAGUCCAUCUUCGAUCCUGUCACCAGUAAGCGCAAAGCGCAGUUACUUUUAAAAUAA